CAUUUUAUUUUCAUCCUUAUAAACUUAAAUUCUUUUAUUUUCCUUUCUCCUUCACCCUUCUCUCUCUCAAAAAAAUAAAUAAAUCUUAACCCUAGCUAAGAGGUAAAACCUAAACUAAAUACCAGUACUUUCAAUAUUGCAACACUAUUCCAAAAUUUUCAACUUUAAUUAGGUUUCUUUUUAUUACUUUUUGUCUUUGAUAUUUGAGAUUUUGGACAAAGAAGUUUCAUUAGGCCUAUGGGAUUUGUAGCGUACCUUGUCAGUGUUCCUCGGGAUCAGCGUCAUCAGAUAUCAUCACUAGUAUUACUGCAACACUAGCAGGUUCAUUUUCAGAUUUUAUAAAGUGCCUGUGGUAAUCAUAAAAGAGAAAAUUAGCAAGCUGAAAUUUUUGUUUAGUUUGAAUCUGAAUAUACAUCCGAAUCAUUUCAGCACUAAAAAGGUGAAGGACUAUGCAGAGAGAUUUAUAAUGAAGAGAGCAACGGGAGGAGGAGAGAUAGUACAAGUCGAAGGAGGUCAUAUUCUCCGGUCUACUGGUAGAAAAGACCGGCACAGCAAAGUUUAUACCGCGAAAGGACCAAGAGAUAGAAGGGUCCGUUUAGCGGCUCACACUGCUAUUCAAUUUUAUGAUGUGCAAGACAGGUUGGGUUAUGACCGGCCUAGUAAGGCGGUUGAUUGGCUUAUCAAAAAGGCGAAAAAUGCCAUUGAUAAGUUAGAUGAGUUGCCUCCUUGGAACCCGAAUCAGGUUCCAAGUACUACAGAAGAAGCUGAUGAUGCAGUGUUGGGGCAACAACAGUCGGAAUAUCAGCUUCAGAAGGAAUUAGAAGAAAAUAACUCGAGUCAUCAGGUUAAUUCUUCUAAUUCCUACAUGAUGCAAGUGCCAUCUACAGGCGGAGAAGCACCACAAUCACUUGGAGAUACUAUGAAAUCAUUUUUCCCAAUGAAUUCGGGUACUCCGCUAAUGAAUUUCCAAAACUACCCACAUGAGAUAAUGCCAAGAUCUUCGUUACAAAACGAAGAUCUUGGCUUAUCUCUUCACACUACUUUUCAUAGGGCAACUUCUUCUGAUAAUGACCAAAAUGCCCUUUUCUCAAAUCAUCAAAAUUUUGAAGCAAAUUAUCCAAGAAUGGCAAGUUGGAACAUAUUGCCACAAACAUUUUUCACUACUCAAAGUGCAUUUACUCAAAGGGAACCCCUUCAGUCCAAUUUUUCACAAAUGAUUAAUCAUCAUGCUACUUGGGAAGAAAGGCCAUUAAUGAAUGGACUAAUUCAUCAGGCAGAAAUUACCAAUAAUAGCAGACAUUUCACUACAGAUUUUCAAGUUCCAGCUAGGAUCCAUGGUGAACAUCAUCAAGACCCUUCCUCUGCUUCUCCUAAUUCUCAUCACCAUUGAUUAAUGGUUUUAUUAAAAGGUUGAUUGAGUAAGUAGUCAUCUCUGAAGAUAUCAAAUGCUCAUUAUUUGGUAGAGCUGGAACAUGGUCAGAGUAAUUUCAAAGAUGUAACUGUAUUUCUUAUCUUAAUAUUUGAGGAUUUUGUCUAUUAUGUUAUGGUGGUGCUAAUUAAAGCCUUGCUUGGAUUGCAUAUUUUCCACCUAUUUUGUGAAUGGAUUGAGUGACAUUGUUGGAUACUUAAAAUCUACUAGUUACUCUCUACCUUCGUAAGGUAGGGGUAAGAUAUGCAUACACAUCAUUUGUCUCAAAUUCAAGUGAGAUUAUACUGAAUAUGUGGUUAUUGUUCUUGUCGUUAGAAACAUUAAUCUAGUUGACUUUCUUGUU